GAGUCUUCAGGUGCGUCACGAUCUCGAUUAGGGUUUUUAACUCUUUGAUCGUGCACCUUUCUUUAGUCUUUCGUUUAUGUUCACGAUUCUGAUCAUCGAGUCUACGACAAAAUGUAUAGCGGGACGAUCAUCGAGUUUGAGCAAGGAUGUAGUUUACUGGAAGCUGGUGUGUCCAAGAUUACAAGGAUUCUCGAAGAAGAGAUUACGUCUGAUGCACCGAUUGAUCCUGCACAGUACUUAGGGAUUUACACAACAAUCUACAAUAUGUGCAACCAGAAACACCUUCACGACUACUCUCAGAAGCUUUACCAUAAGUAUCAUGACGUUGUUGAACACUAUGCCAAGAAAACGGUGUUGCCUUGUAUUCAAGAGAAGCAUGAUGUAUACUUGCUCAGAGAGCUUUCUCGGAGGUGGGAUCAUUACAAAGUUUUCGUCAAGUGGUUGUCCCACUUCUUCAACUAUCUUGAACGUUUCUUCAUUCCACAAAGAAACUACGCAUCACUCCGUGACGUUGCCAUGAAGUCCUUCCGCGACCUAGUUUACCGUAAGGUGCAAGUCAACGCCAAAGAUGUUGUUAUAGCACUGAUUGAUAAAGAACGUGAGGGGGAACCGAUUGACAGGGAGCUACUGAAAAACGUACUAGGUAUCUUUGUUCAGAGUGGGAUGGGAACUAUUGAAAAGUAUGAAGAGGAUUUUGAGAGGUUCUUUCUUCAAGAGACGGAAUCUUACUACGCACGCAAGGCCUCAAGAUGGAUCCAGGGGGAUUCUUGCCAGUACAUGAUAAAGUCUGAGGAGUCUUUGAAAAAGGAGAAGGAGAGAGUCACGCACUACCUUCGUUCAACCACUGAGCCAAAACUAGUCGAGGUUGUGCAGGAGGAGUUGUUGGUUUCGGUUGCAAAACAGCUUCUAGAGAAAGAGAACUCAGGCUGCAGUUCACUGCUGAGAGAUGACAAGACGGAUGAUCUCUCCAGGAUGUACAGGCUUUAUCAUCCGAUUACCAAAGGGUUGGAACCAGUUGCAGAAGCCUUCAGGGUUCAUGUUACGACAGAGGGGAAUACACUGGUCAAACAAGCCCAAGACGCAGCUAGUAACGGUAGCAGCGUGGUGGAGGAUCAGGGGCUUGUGGGAAAGAUAAUGGACCUACACGAUAAGUACAUGGUCUAUGUCUUGGACUGUUUCAAGAACCACACGCUCUUCCACAAGGCGUUGAAAGAAGCUUUCGAAAUCUUCUGUAACAAGAAAGUGGGUGAGAGAACAAGUGCAGAGUUACUUGCAAACUUUUGCGACAGUCUCUUGAAGAAGUCAGGAAGUGAUGAAGCUAUUGAAGCUACGUUCGACAAUGUGGUUAAUCUGCUUGAUUAUAUCAGCGACAAGGAUCUUUUCGCCGAGUUUUAUAGGAAGAAGCUAGCUCGUAGGCUCUUGUUCGGUCGCAAAGUUAAUAUGGAGCAUGAGAGAGGCAUACUUUCAAAGAUCAAAGGACAACAGGGUCGCCAGUAUACUUCUAAGAUGGAGGGCAUGGUGAAGGAUAUGGAAUUGGCAAAAGAAUUUCAGAAGGGGUUCGAGGGAUGCUUACCCGCAAAACCAGGGGGGAUUGAUAUAGUAGUCACCGUUCUCAACACACUUUCUUGGCCGAGUUACAAAAAUUCCUCCGACAUCAAUCUACCACGUGAAAUGUUCGAGUGUGUUGACGCUUUCAAUUUGUAUUAUGGAGUGAAGACCCGUAAGAGGAAGCUCAGGUGGAUAUAUUCUCUGGGGACGUGUCAUGUUAUUGGACGUUUUGAUCCUAAACCAAUCGAGUUGGUCCUUUCUACCUACCAGGCUGUUGUGCUAUGCCUUUUCAACAACGCAGAGAGAAUAACCUACCAGGAGAUGAUUGAACAACUAAACCUCCGCCAUGAAGAUCUUAACAGGGUGCUUCUUUCACUCUCAUGCGCAAAGCACAAGAUUCUUAAAAAGGAACCGGCCUCAAAGAGCAUCUCUAAAACAGAUGUUUUCGAAUUCAACUCCAAGUUCACUGAUAAAAUGAGGAGAAUCAGGGUCUCUCUACCUCCUGUGGAUGAACGCAAAAAAGUAGUCGAAGAUGUUGAUACUGAUAGACGCUAUGCGAUUGAUGCUGCUAUUGUGAGGAUCAUGAAGAGUAGACAAGUGUUGCCCCAUCAACAGUUAGUCGCUCAAUGUGUUGAGCAGCUCAGCGGAAAGUUCAAGCCUGAAAUAAAGAUGAUCAAGAAGCGGAUUGAGGAUUUGCAAAUCAGAGAUUACUUGGAGAGGGACAAAGAAAAUCCCAAUAUUUUCAAAUACGUGGCUUAGUUCAGAGUACUAUCUAGCGAGCAACGAAGGUGUUAUGGUUUUCAAAUUUUUUGUAAGUCUUUACAUUCUCUCAGCUGUCUUGUAUAAAAUGCUGAGAUGAAGCGGAUAAAA